AUGUUGAGAUUAACUACCAAAAACUCAGUCAAGGUUUCAUCCAGAGCCUUCUCCAACUCCGCUAUUGCUUUCCAAAGCACCAGAAUUGAAAGUGAUGCUUUUGGUGAAAUCGAAGUUGACAGUUCCAAAUAUUAUGGUGCUCAAACUGCUAGAUCUAAAAUGAACUUCAAGAUUGGUGGUCCAGCUGCUCGUAUGCCAACUCCGGUUGUUAGAGCUUUUGGUAUCUUAAAGAAAUCUACUGCAAUUGUUAAUGAAUCAUUAGGUGCUUUGGAUCCAAAGUUAUCCCAAGCCAUUCAACAAGCUGCUACUGAAGUUUCUGAAGGAAAAUUGGACGAACACUUCCCAUUAGUUGUUUUCCAAACUGGUUCCGGUACUCAAUCUAACAUGAAUGCCAAUGAAGUCAUUUCUAACAGAGCUAUCGAAAUUUUAGGUGGUGAAUUGGGUUCUAAAAAGCCAGUCCAUCCAAAUGAUCACUGUAACAUGUCUCAAUCUUCCAAUGAUACUUUCCCAACCGUUAUGCACAUUGCUGCUGUUACUGAAAUCAACAAUUCUUUAAUCCCAGAAUUAACCAAGUUACGUGAUUCUUUACAAGCUAAGGCUGAAGAAUUCAAGGAUAUCAUCAAGAUUGGUAGAACCCAUUUACAAGAUGCUACUCCAUUAACUUUAGGUCAAGAAUUCUCUGGUUAUGUCCAACAAUUAACCAAUGGUAUUGAAAGAGUUGAAAAGACUUUACCAAACUUAUUGUACUUGGCUCAAGGUGGUACUGCCGUUGGUACUGGUUUGAACACUAGAAAGGGAUACGAUGCCAAGGUUGCUGAACAAGUUUCUAAAUUGACUGGUUUCCCAUUCAAGACUGCUCCAAACAAGUUUGAAGCUUUAGCUGCCCAUGAUGCUAUUGUUGAAGCCUCUGGUGCAUUAAACACUGUUGCUGUCUCUUUAUACAAGAUUGCUAAUGAUAUCAGAUACUUAGGUUCUGGUCCAAGAUGUGGAUAUGGUGAAUUAUCUUUACCAGAAAACGAACCAGGUUCUUCAAUCAUGCCUGGUAAAGUUAACCCAACCCAAAACGAAGCUUUAACCAUGGUUGCUUGUCAAGUCUUUGGUAACAAUGCUGCUAUCACUUUUGCUGGUGCAUCUGGUCAAUUCGAAUUAAAUGUUUUCAAGCCAGUCAUGAUUUCCAACUUGUUAUCUUCAAUCAGAUUAAUUGCUGAUGGUGCUGCUUCUUUCAGAACUAACUGUGUUGAUGGUAUUCAAGCUAACAAAGAAAAGAUUGAAAAGACCUUACACGAAUCAUUGAUGUUGGUUACUGCAUUAAACCCAAAGAUUGGUUAUGAUGCUGCAUCAAAGACUGCCAAGAAUGCUCACAAGAAGGGUUUAACUUUAAAGCAAUCUGCUCUUGAAUUGGGUGUUUUAAGUGAAGCUGAAUUCGAUGAAUGGGUUAGACCAGAAAAGAUGAUUGGUCCAAAGGAUUAA